AUGGCCACAGGCCCCGACGAAGUGUCCCUUCAAGGCGAACCUGACAUUGUCUCCGCUGAAGUUUUCAAAGAAGGACCGCAGCACCUUCACCUCCCCCUCAGCCUGCAGCAGCAGCAGCAGCAGCAGCAGCAGCAGCAGCAGCAGCAGCAGCAGCGGCAGCAGCGCAGGAGUAGCGUCCAUACUAAGGCCCUAACCGUCACCAUCCUCCCCCUCAACAGCUCCCAGCAGCAGCAGCAGCGCGGGCAGCAGCAGGUGCAGCAGCAGGUGCAGCAGCAGCAGGUGGAGCAGCAGCAGCCGCAGCAGCAGCCGCAGCAGCAGCAGGGCAGCAGCAACAGGUGCAGCAGCAGCAGAGGCAGCAUGCAGCAGCAGCAGCAGCACAGACGCGGCCGUACAGCAAAUAGCGGCUGGGACUUUUCAAAGGAUUGUGGAGGCCAUGUUUGGGGCACUUCGCGAGAGACUGCACAAAAGGAGACAAUUCCUCCACCUGCAGCAGCAGCAGCAGCAGCAGCAGCAAAAGGUGCAGCAGCAACAGCAACAACAAGAGCAGCAGCAACAAGAGCAGCAGCAGUAACAGCGGCAAGAGCAACAGCAGCAGCAACAGCAGCAGCAGCAGUAGAGUCAGCAGCAGCAGCAGCCGCAGUCCCAGCACAAGCAACAGCAGUAGCACACGCAGCAGCAGCAGCAGAACCAACACAAAAGCAGCAGCAGCAGCAGCAGCAGCAGCAGCAGCAGCAGCAGCAGCAGCAGCAGCACCUGGGUGUCUGGCGCCGUGGCAAUGACGUGGCCCUUCAAGGGGCUGACUACUUCGUAAGCAGCAGCAGCAGAAGUCCAGAGGCCCCCCACGAGGUUUUGGAUCUUGUGGGGGGGCCCCCCUGCAGCAAGAGAGUCAAUGUCGAGCGGAAGCUGCGGGGGAAGGAGAGGGAGGGAGCAGCAGCAGCAGCAGCAGCAGCAGCAGUGUGGGCGAGACUCAAGGGGGAAAGGCGCAGCGAGCCAGCUGCAGCAGCAGCAGCAGCAGCAGCAGCAGCUGUUGCUGCUGCUGACGCUGCUGUUGCUCGUGCUUGA